AUGGGCUCCGAUCUCAACUCCGAAGAGAAGCGAUUGGAUGCUGUCGUUACCUCUGCUGGUAGCAGUAGUAUUGACAAUGGCGUUCUCGAGGACUCUGACAUCAAUGUCAAGAUUGAACGCAGAAUCAUGUGGAAGCGGGACUUUAUUCUACUGCCAACCAUUGGUUUGCUGUACAUGAUUAUGUUCCUAGAUCGCACGAAUAUUGCCAACGCAAAGAUCGAGGGACUUGAAGCAGGUUUGGACAUGCCGUCAAACGGUUACAAUACCGCUCUUUGGAUAUUCUACGUCCCAUUCGUGUUGGCAGAAGUACCAAGUAACCUCAUUCUUAACAUGGGCAAGAUUGCCCCAAACUACUUUCUCGGCGGCAUGACUUGUAUCCUUGGUGUACUCGGAAUGUGUCAAGGUCUCACCGAAACUUACGGCGGCCUGCUAGCCCUCCGCUUUUUAAUGGGAGCUCUAGAAGCCUCCCUACCAGCUGGAGCAGCGUACAUGAUCUCCAUGUACUACACGAAGCGCGAGGCAGCCAUUCGAUUUGCAGCCUUCUUCAACUUUGCCCUGGGUGGUCCAUUCUUCUCGGGCUUGCUCGCCUAUGCCAUUACGAACCUCGAUGGCACAGGCGGCUAUGAGGGUUGGCGAUGGAUCUUCAUCAUCGAGGGUCUUAUGACUGUAUUCUUUGGAAUAAUAGCGCUAGUCUUCUGUCCUAACUUCCCGGAAAAGGCACAGCGGUGGUUCCUCAAACCGGAAGAACGCGAUUAUCUUGUGGCUAAGCUCCAUGCCUCACGAGGCCUAGAAGAGAAGGGAUCAGAGGCCGAAAAGGUCUCAACUUGGAAGGUCCUGCUGGAUUGGCGCAUUCAUCUAUUCACAAUGUGCUUUUUCUGCUGCGACUUCACAGCAGCAGCCAUCUCUUCCUUCAUGACAUCCAUUCUAACAGAACUGGGAUGGACAUCUUCCAAAGCCCAGCUCAUGACGAUGCCAAUUUGGGGCGCAGCCAUCGUAGUGACCUUUUCAGUGACAUGGGGCGCUUCGAAAUUCGACCUCCGCUUUCCUUGGGUAUUAUCCUGCAUCUGCUGCCAACUCGUAGGCUGGAUCAUCAUGAUGAUCUGGGUACCUGCACCAGGAGUACGAUAUGCCGCUCUAUUCUUCAUGGCGAUUGGCAGUAUUCCUCAAAUGCCACUGUUAAUGGCCUGGCUAAGUGCCAAUCUCAGAGGUCGAAAGUAUCUGGCCGUUGGUAUGGCUUGGAUGGUUGGUUUUGGCAACUGUGCAAAUCUCGUGUCAAGUAAUGUCUUCAUCAAGCAUGAGGCUCCUCGAUACUUCACCGGAAUGGUGAACGGGGUGACGUUCAGCUGUCUUGGACUUGCACUUGUUUGUCUCGCAGCUGCUUUGUUGGCGGUACUCAAUAGGAGGAGAUCUCAGAGAUUGGCGGGUAUGUCGACCGCUGAGAAGGAGCAGGAGAAUGUGUUGUCUUUCAAGUUUCAUCUCUAG